GGUCUCAAGUACUCCAGUCUAUCAACCCUCCAGUAAUGGCAACUUACCAACAGGAGGUCAAGACGCCCGUGGUCGACACUCUGCAGAGCCCGGCACACAAUAACGCUGUGGACUAUGACCACUACCAGUACCAGACACCCGAUUCGACCUUCAAAGUGGACGUAUCGGCCAACAGCCAGGACGUUUUCAAGGAGGGGAACGAGAAGGGCAAGCCUCUUAAGAAGUUCUUGUGGUGGCGUAUCACCAAGAAGCAGCGGAUAUUUGCCAUCGUGGGCAUUGUGCUCGUACUACUGGCCGUGCUGAUCAUCAUCGCGUGGUUUGUGAUCGUCAAGGCUGUUUUCCAGCACAAUGUCAACAAGAUCAAGAUGAGUGUCAACUACCUCGACAUCAACCAAAUCUCGGACCAAACUACGCUCUCUAGCGAGCUUAGUCUACACCUAACACACGAUCUGAGCAUGAACGCUCGGUCGGAUGCCACUACGGCCAAGCUGCUUUACGAGGGAUCGACGUUCGCCACGUUUGAGUUCCCCGCUCUGAAAAUCGACAAAGGCGAGCAAUCGUACGAUCUCAACAUCACCAGCGACUUGAUCGUCACAGACGCCGACGUGUUCUCCUCUAUGUCCACCGCAGUCAUGGACGACGUCUCCGUUGUCUUCGAUACGACUGCAAAGCUACGGCGGACUGGACUUCAAGCGCGAGCUCUCGAUCGAGGGUUCCGCGAUCCUUUGACCGUUAUUGACCACAUUGACUUCUGGGGCUGCACGGACGAUGGCUGGACCAUGGAUAUUGACGUCAAUGUGACCAACGUCUCUCAGAUGGGGCUCAAUGGCAUCGGCUACCUCAAUCUGACGCUAUAUGUAGAGCAGAACUAUCUGGGCUACUUGUCUGGCAUGACUCCGGAGGUUGGUGUCCCUCGUGGCACGAGUCAACAGACCUUUAGACUCUUCGUGGAUAUUGACAAUCACUCGAAUAUGGUCAAGAUGGUCACGGCGCUGAUCGAUAAUUAUGUGCAGUACUUCAUCACCGGUGAGAGCUCGUAUGCUACGGACCAGACGCUGUUCAAGGACGCUCUGGCUAUUAUGAAUAUGAGCAUCAUCCACACGGACAGCACAAGACGCAUCGACCUCAAUUCGUCGUGCGACCUCGUGACGCUCCUCACGGGCUAAGUGUGAAACACUACUGUUUUGUUUUACUAGCAGACGGAGUUGUCGACCACGUUGCCGUUAUUAAUAUUAACACUAGGCGAUG